UCGGUGGUAAUGAUGUACAUAUGAAAUAUCAGUAUAUACCACAGCUAUUAUCGUCUCUUAUGGUCACAGUUUGAAGUUUGUGUGCCUGUACUUUGCAUAAAUCCUUUAUGUACCCACAACGACUAUAUUGCCUUGACCUCUGACCUCAACAAUGGCGUCCGUCAUGCAGCAGAUGUCUCGACUUGGGCUCCUAACACGGGCCGGCCUUCGGGCCCUGUCCUCUGCUCCUAAUGCAGCCGCAGCCAGUAAAUCAAGUGGCGCCUCUUUUGGAUUCGAGUUUUCGGAGGAACAGAAAGAGUAUCAGGCUCUGGCUCGGAAGUUUGCCCGGGAAGAAAUCCUGCCCAAAGCACCCGAAUAUGACAAGUCAGGGGAGUAUCCAGUGGAGAUAAUCAAGAAGGCGUGGGAACUUGGCCUCAUGAACACACACAUCCCCCAGUCUUGUGGAGGUCUUGGCCUGGGGAUCAUGGACGCCUGCAUCGUGACGGAGGAGCUGGCCUAUGGCUGCACCGGGGUGCAGACAGCCAUUGAGGCAAACUCCCUAGGACAAAUGCCAGUGAUAAUUGCAGGCAAUGAUGCUCAGAAGAAAAAGUACCUGGGGAGGAUGAUGGAAGAGCCUCUGAUGUGUGCCUAUGGCGUGACAGAACCAGGGGCAGGAUCGGACGUAGCGGGGAUCAAGACUCGUGCCGUCAAGAAGGGCAACGAGUAUGUCAUCAAUGGCCAGAAGAUGUGGAUCACAAAUGGCGGCCAUGCCAACUGGUAUUUUGUCCUCGCCCGUACUGAUCCAGACCCCAGUGCAUCGGCUGGCAAAGCUUUCACAGGCUUCAUCGUGGAACGGGACACCCCCGGUGUCAUUCCUGGCAGGAAGGAGUGGAACAUGGGACAGAGAGCGUCGGACACGCGAGGAAUCACCUUCGAGGAUGUUGUUGUCCCAGCGGAGAAUGUCCUGGGCCAGGAAGGAGUCGGCUUCAAGAUUGCAAUGGGAGCUUUUGACAAAACAAGGCCCCCUGUUGCGGCAGGUGCUGUUGGACUGGCCCAGCGAGCUCUGGACGAGGCCACCCGGUACUCCAUGGAGAGGAAGACCAUGGGCAAGUUCAUCUGUGAGCAUCAAGCAGUGUCCUUCAUCCUGGCUGAGAUGGCCAUCGGGGUGGAGACCGCUCGUCUGGCCAUGCACCGGUCAGCGUGGGAGAUUGACCAGGGACGUCGGAACACCUACUUCGCUUCCAUAGCCAAGGCCCUCGCUGGGGAUGUAGCAAACAAGUGUGCCACAGAUGCUGUCCAGGUUUUCGGAGGUAAUGGAUUCAACAGUGAUUACCCAGUGGAGAAGCUGAUGAGAGAUGCCAAGAUUUACCAGAUUUAUGAGGGGACUGCUCAAAUUCAACGUAUGAUUAUUGCCCGGGAACACUUAAUGAAAGCAAAGCAGACAAUGUGAUGAACCAAUCAGAUGCCUCAUAACAAAACCACUUUUCGUCAUAUUUGCAAUGACUGGUCACAUCAUGAGAAGAGCUCUCCUGUUUCGAAGUACAUAUUCAAUAGUCACAGUAUUUGUUGGUUAUUCAAUAGACACAGUAUUUUGGGGUUAUUCACAGUUUGUAAAUCAUAACCAAGAACUAUGUCAGAAGUGUUUGUAGAUAUUAGAGUGUGUGGUUCAAGGUAGCCAGAUCUGUGACUAAUGGACAAGCUUGUGCAGCAUUGCUCCUGAGUCUGGUAUAGAAACAUGAACCAUUUUUACUUGUGUGAAGGACAUUGUUGUACAAGACUUAGUACUAGGACAAAACAUUGCUUCCUUAUCAGAAGGUAGUGAAUAUUUAUUUUAUGGCCUGUUUGAUAUUGAAAUUAUAUAAUUAACUCUGAAUACCAUUGAUAUUUACUAACCAUGCUUCUCUCUGCGUGUACAUUGCUGUUUUCAUUGUGCUCGAUUUCCUGUACAAAGCACAUGUACAUAUCAUCAAGUUCCAGAUGCUGUAUCUUUGGAUGUGAUCUCUACGUGGAAUAAAUAUUAAAGCCCU